GGAGCGAGGCGCGGAGAGGGAGCGAGCGCGCGCGGAGAGGGAGCGAGCGCGCACGGAGAGGGAGCGAGGCGCGGAGAGGGAGCGAGCGCGCGCGGAGAGGGAGCGAGCGCGCACGGAGAGGGAGCGAGGCGCGGAGAGGGAGCGAGCGCGCGCGGAGAGGGAGCGAGCGCGCACGGAGAGGGAGCGAGGCGCGGAGAGGGAGCGAGCGCGCGCGGAGAGGGAGCGAGCGCGCACGGAGAGGGAGCGAGGCGCGGAGAGGGAGCGAGCGCGCGCGGAGAGGGAGCGAGCGCGCACGGAGAGGGAGCGAGGCGCGGAGAGGGAGCGAGCGCGCGCGGAGAGGGAGCGAGCGCGCACGGAGAGGGAGCGAGGCGCGGAGAGGGAGCGAGCGCGCGCGGAGAGGGAGCGAGCGCGCACGGAGAGGGAGCGAGGCGCGGAGAGGGAGCGAGCGCGCGCGGAGAGGGAGCGAGCGCGCACGGAGAGGGAGCGAGGCGCGGAGAGGGAGCGAGCGCGCGCGGAGAGGGAGCGAGCGCGCACGGAGAGGGAGCGAG